UGCGCAUUCCGCCGAGCAGCUCGCGGGCAGGCAGGACCACCGCGCCGGUCGGCGCCCACCGGCGGCGAGGCGCGGGUCCCCCUCUCCCCCUCCUCCUCCUCCGAUGCUGGCCCAGCGUCCGGGUUAGCGGCUCGCCUCCUCUCCCGCUCGGAGCACUCCGCGCUGCUCGACCUGCCUCCCCUCAGUCAGGCGGGUAUAGCUCGGUGUAUCCCCUCCGUCCGCAACGGCGGCUUGCCGAGCAACGCGGCCGGCCGGGAGCAGCGACGGGGCUCGUGUUGCCUCGCUCGCUCGCUCUCGGCGACGGCGCAAGCAAGCAGCGACCAACGCAUUCUUCUUCUUGGAUGACCAUCCGCAUCUUCUCCGCCACAGGCCCUUGAGUUUCUCGGAUCUUUCCUAGCCAGGAUGAUGCUGGUGCGUCUCCAUCGAUCAAUACAUACUCCUCCACCUUAACUACAAGUUCACAGAUCACACACGGUAUGGUAUGAAGUCUGAACACAGCUUUGAUGCUUCUGAAUUGUCAAAAUUGACUACAUUUAGCCGCGCUUGCGUUGUGUAAAUCUUGCCUUCCUCUGCACAACAGUGGCUGUCAACAACUAGCACAAGUCACAUGAGUCUUGUUCACCUUCAUGUGUCUUUGAUGCUGCAUCGACAAUUUAGUCGCGCGUUCACAAUCGGCGUCGUGUCCAUCUCGCCUUCAUGUGCACCAGCGGCUCUCAACUACUAACACAAGUCAAAAAAGUCUUGCACAAGCUUGUUCCCUGUGUCACCCAGGCACAGGUGGCGUUCCCUCCUCCAUUGAUGAAUUGUGUUAACGAGAAUUGUAUGAAUAUUGCUACUUCACAUAUGAUGUUGGUUCCAAGAAAAAACAGAGGUCAGCAAGUCUUGCACAAGACCACACAAGUCAGCAAACCUGUAUUCAAGAUGUUGAUGUAUGGCACGAACGCAGACCACCAAUUCAUGACCAAGUGGAAUUCCCUAUUCUCCUUUUUGACAAAAUCUAUCGUGACGUGCUUCGCUUGGUUGUCGACAAUGCAUUCUAGAACUUAUUAUACGCACGAAAGUCUUCCGGAGUUCCCACGGGAGAGAGCGGUGAAGUCUUCCGGUUGCUCUGCAAAUCACAUCUUUGAUAUGCUUCUGCUACACAAUACAGGGAGGGUGCUCUAUUCUCUCCCACCUUUUGGGUUCAACAAACAAAAUUCUGUUAGCCAGCAUGCGGCUGGUGCUGUUGUUGGUGUGGUUGUGGAGCUUGGCACCCACUGCCAUGAACACCAAGGUGGCAUCUGCAGCCCCUGAUCCUCCAUCUGCCCCUAGCCUCGCGCACUGCCCCAAAACCUGUGGGGAUGUGAGCAUCUCGUACCCCUUCGGCGUCGGGCCAGGCUGCUUCCGGCGCGGCUUCGACCUCAUCUGCGACACCACCACCAAGCCUCCCAAGAUCUUCCUAGGCAACACCACCACCCAGGUGAUCAGCCUCUUCCCUUCAGGAACCGUCCUUGCCUCCAUCAUGUACACCAUCCCCAUGGUGCCGGGUGUUGGCACCUACAACCUGUCUUGGGAGUCUCCAGGGAGGAACCUCAACAUCGCGACCUACAACUACCUGGGGUUCCUCGGCUGCGGCAUCGGGGUCUACCUGUACCACCCUGACACGGGUGACCUCGUCGGCCACUGCACGAUUAAGUGCGCCUCCAUGGCGAGCUUGCUCCUCGUGACGGAAGGUGGAGGGAUCUGCAAUGGCAUGGGCUGCUGCACCGUCACUUUCCCCGUGGCGUUCCGAGGCUUUAGGGUGACCAUCGUGAAGAACAACGAGACGGUACCGCAGCCUUUUGCUAAUAUCACCAUCAAGGCUUUCUUGUCAUUCCGCCCGUAUAUGUUUCGUAUCGCGGACCUUUUGUCUGAUAAGAUAAAUGCGAGCACUGUUGGUGCUUCCUCUGCUGCGUACCUCUCGACUGUGAUCACAGAUAAGCCCAAUUGCGCUAAAGCUCGGUCGGAUGAUAAGGCGCGGUAUGCCUGUGGCAGUAGCAAUUGUGUGAAUGUGACAAAUGGAGGCUACUCCUGUACCUGCUCUGGCAGUUCUGAUGAUGGUAAUCCCUACAUUCUUGAUGAUUGCAAACAAGAGUAUAAUCAUACCCCCAAAAUGAACUGUUCUAGAUCAUGUGGUAGCACAAACAUUCCUUUCCCCUUUGGGUUUGAACCAGGGUGUUAUGCUACCAGGAGAUUUCAACUGAAUUGCGCAUCCAAUCGCACUCUUAUUGGCAGGCCACCUGUAAAAUAUGAAGUGACAAAUAUUUCAUUAGAUGAUGGACUGCUAUAUGUUAAUAAGCUUUCAGAGUUUGAAGAUGCCAACAUGAAUUAUCUAUCAAUAUACUACGGUGGCUCCGGAUACUUUGGUCAGCAGCUAGUAUAUGGAUUGGAUAAGUCUGAUUUAUCUGAGGAAUUUGGUGUCUGGAGGUGGUCUGCGGCCAAUCUGACAUGUGAAAAUGCAAAAAACGACAGUGCAUAUGCAUGCCGUAGCGCGAAUAGUGAGUGUAUUGGUGUCACACAUGGAAAACUCUACAUUGGUUACCGAUGCAAGUGCUCUCCUGGCUUUGAAGGAAAUCCUUAUGUCCAAAGUGGAUGCACAGAUAUUGACGAGUGCCUGUUACCCAAUAGCUGUAAUGGGACAUGCUAUAACCUGAAAGGAAGCUUCCGUUGUUGCCCUCAUGGCAUGUUCUUUGAUCCAGUAGGAAAACAGUGCACUCCCGAUAAGCGGCAAAAUCUUAUUUUGGGGGUUUCUACUGGGAUCGGCAGUGGUUUUGGAGUGCUAGCUCUUGCACUGGGUGCGAUUAUACUAGUGAGGAGAUUGAAGAGAGGCGCUCAAAGGAAAAUCCGAAGGGCAUUCUUCAGAAAAAACAAAGGCCUGCUCCUGGAGCAGCUGAUCUCAUCCACCAGUGAAAGCGUCACUCACAGCACAAGGAUAUUUUCCUUGGAAGAGCUAGAGAAAGCAACCAACAACUUUGACCCGACGCGUGUGCUCGGGCACGGAGGCCAUGGCACCGUCUACAAGGGGAUUUUAUCCGACCAGCGGGUGGUGGCCAUCAAGAAGUCCAAGAUGGUGGAGCAGAGCGAGAUCGACCAGUUCGUCAACGAGGUGUCCAUCCUGUCCCAGAUCAUCCACCGCAACGUGGUGAAGCUCUUCGGGUGCUGCCUCGAGUCCGAGGUGCCGCUUCUCGUGUACGAGUUCAUCUCCAACGGCACGCUCCAUGACCUCCUCCACGGCGACCAGGGUGCCAAAUGCUUGCUGACGUGGGACGACCGUAUCAGGGUUGCUCUGGAGGCUGCAGGGGCGCUUGCCUACCUCCACUCGUCUGCCGCGAUGCCGAUCUUCCACAGGGAUGUGAAGUCUGCCAACAUACUAUUGGAUGACACUUUCACCACCAAGGUCUCGGACUUCGGCGCCUCCAGGUCCAUCUCCAUCGACCAGACUCACGUGGUCACCAUCGUGCAGGGGACAUUCGGCUACCUAGACCCAGAGUACUAUUACACUGGGCAGCUCACCGAGAAGAGCGACGUCUACAGCUUCGGCGUGAUACUGGUCGAGCUCUUAACAAGGAAGAAGCCAAUUUUUCUCAACAGUCUCGGCGAGCAACAGAACUUGUGCCAUUACUUCCUUGGACGGCUGAAAGACGAAACCGUCAUGGAUAUUAUCGAUUCUCAAGUUGUGGACGAGGCCAGCCAGAGCGAGAUCGACGAGAUCGCGUCGGUCGCCGUGAUGUGCUUGAGGACUAGAGGCGGGCAGAGGCCUAAGAUGAAAGAGGUGGAGUUAAGGCUGCAGCUUCUGCGAGCCAGGAGACGACCUCGUAGAACACACGAACAGGAGCUGCGAAGGGACGGCGACACCAAGCCAUCGUUGUCAACUCCAAUGAAGUCCAGAUCCACUUCUGUGGCCAUGGCCAAGAACGUUGAGCUUGGUGUCGUCGCUGUUAAUUCGUCGUCGCAGGCUCUCACGAGGUGCUACUCCAUGGAGCAAGAGAUGGCAGCUUCAUCAGAGUUUCCUCGUUAGAUGCAGAAUCUGUUACGAAGAGGGCUUCCCAGUGUGCCGUUUUGUUUAUCGAGACUGUUGCAGCACCUGGAUUUUAGUUCGAGGGUGUCACAAUUCAAUCCCUGUAACUAGUGGUGACUAGUGGAAGAAUGUGUGCACAAAUUCAGUGUAAGAAUGUCCACACCGGAUUCAGUGUAAAAGUCUUAUUACCUUUUUUUUUACCCCUCAAAUUUUGGUAGCCAGGAA